CAGUUCGGAUUAUCCUAAUAGGCCAUGGCUAUCCCUGCUGCUAUUGUAAGCGUGUACGGGAGAUGUGCAAGCAUGGGGAUCACUGAGAUCGAAGACGGUACCAAGUACAGCAGAAAUCCAUGCAAUAUAGUCCAGGCGUCGGAGAGGAUAAACUAUGAACCGGCCGCAGAAUUGCAUAGACUAGCAGUAGUACGGCAUCGAAGUAUACGUUCGAUUGGUUGGGCACAUUGAUGAGCGGUACGGCAUCGAAGUCUACGUUCGGUUGGUUGGGCAGCAGUCUGGUCUCUGAUGGCAACAACGUACGAGCUUCGUGAUGCACCAUAGCAGCGAAGGCUGAAAAGGUGUGCAUCGUGUUAUUUAUCCAGGAACGGUCUUCACAGCCUGACCUUCUUUUCUUGCUGUGAGUCGUCCUGUGAGAUCUUGGCUUGGAUGCUCUGGUGGAGUCGACGACAAGGAGAGCGUGAGGUGUGAGUACAAUAGUGGUCUCAGCUCAAUGU